CAAUUUUUUUAUUUAAUUGAUUGAACCAGAUAUGAUACCGAAAAUGGGUUAGUUACUGAGUCGGGUUGGACUAGAGUGUAAACAAACGGAUCGGUCCAUAAAAUAAGAUAAAAUAUGAGUGAUGAUAAGAAUCCACUUGGGCCCUUUCUCCACCGUCCCUUCACUGACAGAGAAGAAGGGGAAAUUUUGGGGAUGGCGCUGGCAUCCUGCAAGUGGAACUGGAAGGCAUCCAAUAACAAUAUUAUGGUGAAGGUGAAAAUCAGGUCAAGUUCAGAAACCAAUUAUGAGAGGAAGCCCAACAACGUACGAGUAUCUGAUCAAAAGACCCAAACAAAGAAGCGAUGCCUGAGGUGCAAUACCCUUUACCUCGACAAACAUAAUUCUCCUAUUGCUUGCUCCUUCCAUGGCCACGCCACUGGGGAGAAAGGAUUAUUUGCAUUGGCACCACCACACCAGGGGAUUGAUGGAGAAUGGAGUGACCGAACUGGAGUAAUCGUCUACAAAUGGAAUGAAAGCAAGGAUAGACCAAACACUGGAAGCAGCAAUUGGAAGAAAAGAUGGAGCUGCUGUGCAGAGUAUGAUGAAAAUGCUCCACCCUGCCGCCGAGGAUGCCAUGUCUCCUAUGAUGAUGGCUUUACUUUGUACUAAUCAUUUACUAGUACAGUGUUGUUAAUUGAAACAAAAUCCAUGUAAUCUUUAAAACUAUAUAAAUAACAUCCUUGUGGUGCAUGAAUUACACCGGAAUAGAAGUUAAAUAGAAGGAAUGUUUUUGU